AUAAAAACACAUGAUAUGUGUAAAAUAUUCCAGUGCUUUUUCCUAAACGUCGCUGUUCCACCACAAGAGCUGGGAUCGUCAUGCUGGGCUUACGCUUAUAAAACGGCUUGUGUAUCUGCAUGUAUAACCGCCUUCAAGGUCCCCGCAUUUCGGCUGGAAAACCACACCUCCCGCCGUGCAUCGGGGAAAUUAACAGGAAGCAUAAGCAGAUCGCCCCGAAAAGUGCGCAUUUACUGCCCGUGGGUCACACGCCGUCGUUCGGAGAUCUGGGCCGGCCCUCAGGAUAGGGGCCUGCGCCUUCACCCUGAGACCCCUGUGAUGUCGCCCCCUUGCUGUGGCUUCCUGUCACAGUACACCCAUCACCACCUGAUUGCUUUCCUCCUCACCUUCUUCAGCUAUGUCCUCCUGCACGCCUCCAGGAAGACCUUCAGCAAUGUGAAAGUCAGCAUCUCGGCGCAGUGGACGCCGCUGCCUCUCAAUGGCAGCUCGCCUGCAUUCUCCCCUGAGCAGACCUGGGAAGGAAAUAAGCUGUUCGAAAACACAGAGGGGGCUACUCUUUUUCUAGGGGUACUAGAUACCAUCUUCCUGUUUUCUUACGCUGUUGGCCUCUACAUGAGUGGGGUGAUUGGCGAUCGUUUUAACCUUCGUUAUGUACUGUCCUUCGGGCUCUGUGGCUCCGCCCUGGUGGAGUUUUUGUUUGGUACGCUGACAGAAUGGAUUCAUUUCUACAAUGUGCCUUUCUACUGCUUCCUGUGGGUGCUGAAUGGGCUGCUGCAGUCCACUGUCUGGCCCUGUGUGGUGGCCGUCAUGGGCAACUGGUUCGGCAAGUCAGGCCGAGGCUUCGUGUUUGGCCUGUGGAGUGCGUGUGCCUCCGUGGGGAACAUCUUGGGCGCCUUCCUGGCAUCCAGCGUGCUGAAGUACGGAUAUGAGUAUGCUUUCCUGGUGACCUCAGCUGUACAGUUUGCCGGAGGGGUGAUCGUCUUCUUCGGUCUGCUCACAGCUCCCAAGGAAGUGGGGCUCAGCAUAUCCUUGGAGUCUCCCCUGGAGAGGGACUCGGACAGCCACCAGCCGCUCAUCAGUGACGAUGAGGACGAACAGGAAGGGAUGCUGCGGGAUACCAGCUACUCAAUCCAGCAGCCGGACCAGGACCUGGGGACUGAAGAACCACCAGCUGCCAUCGGCUUCUUAAAGGCCUUCUGCCUUCCUGGUGUCCUGCCGUACUCCCUGGCAUACGCCUGUCUGAAACUGGUGAACUAUUCCUUCUUCUUCUGGCUGCCCUUUUAUCUCAGCAACAACUUUGGCUGGAAGGAAGAGCAGGCGGACCGUCUGUCCGUGUGGUACGACGUGGGUGGGAUUGUGGGCGGGACCGUCCAGGGGCUGGUCUCUGACAUCCUGGGCAAACGGGCCCCGGUGUUGGCCAUCAGCCUCCUGCUGGCCAUGGGCUCCCUGGUGGGAUACAGCCAUUCCCCGGAAGAUCAGGUGAUCAAUGGCGUGCUUCUGGCUGUGACAGGGUUUUUCAUUGGUGGCCCGUCCAACAUGAUCAGCUCGGCUAUCUCCGCUGAUCUGGGAAGGCAGGAGGCGCUGCAGGGCAGUCAGGAGGCUCUGGCCACCGUUACGGGCAUCGUGGACGGAACUGGCAGCGUUGGAGCUGCGGGAGGACAGUACCUGGUGUCUCUGAUCGAGAGCAAGCUGGGCUGGAUGUGUGUGUUUUACUUCUUCAUAGUAAUGACCGGAGGCAGCCUGAUAUUUAUCUUUCCGCUGAUCAUGACGGAGGUGUGCGCCAUGUGGCAGGACAGACGGGCUCGAACAUACCAGCUCUGACAUCGGGUCUCCUCCCAUUUGAACCCCCCGGCUACGAGGCACCGCGAUGCUCCACCCUGUAAUGGUCGGAACUCAUCCUCAGAAAGGCCGCGGGGAUGCGGAGUGACGGUGCUGGAGUGUCAGCUGGCCUAGGGGAGGCGCUGUUUGUCUUGAGGUCAGAACUGCAGUGGCCAAACGGACUGAGGUAUGUUCAGACCACAGUGGCCUCCUCCUGGACUGUCGGGGGAUCUUCUUUUAUGCUGGUAUCUAUUUUUUUUGUUUUUUAAUGAACAAGUGUUUGGGGGCGGGACCCUCUCACCAGGUUCCUCCCCCCUCGUGUUGGGAGUGCCCACCUUGCUGUCAUUCCAGUCCAUCUGUUUCUGGGUGGCUUUUUACCACAGUGCAGGUGACGCACACAAAUGCAAAUGCGCUCGCUUCAUGAAUCGCCAUCUGCGCCUGACGUUGAAUUUACCGACUGUCGACAAUUACAGCCGCCCUUUAAAUGUCUACCAGUCAUUUGCAGCCAAACCACAGCUUUAUGUUACUGCACUCAAACAUUGUUUUGUGACUGUGUCACCUACCGGUCUGCGUUAGGAAAACAUUUUGCAGGAUGUUUGUGAGAUUUCAGUUUUUGCUUGUUAAACUGGUUGUCAGGCUCACAGCUGUAAUUUACCUCAUGUCUCCAUGCCCUGAUUUUACUGGAUGGAGACGUUUGCUUUUCACAGAUGCACUUUAACAGAAAAUUGUCACCCAGUCCGAAUAAAUGUAGAUGAUCGCA